AUGGCGUCCUAUCCGCAGCAAGACAUGUCGGACGAGCAGCUCUCGGAGUUCCAGAAGUUGAGCAAUGAGUACGUACCGGAGGUGACGGGACCUCUGGUCGGCGAACGACAAUCCAGUACCGCAAUUGUGGCGGAAUAUGCCUCUGCUGACCCCGUCUUCCAAGCCAAAACAGAGGCCCUCCCGCAAAAGUACUCACACUACCGUACCGUGCGAGGCGAUGGAAGCUGUGGUUGGCGUGCGGUCGCUUUCGGCUACUUCGAAGCCCUCAUCCAUCAUGGAGACCCCAGUCGAUUCCUGGAAGAAGAGACCCGUCUACGCUCCUCUUCAAACAUCCUCAACAUGGCCGGCUUCGACCCUUUCAUCUACGAAGACUUUGCCGAUGCCAUGUUUGACCUCUUGCGGGAUGUCGCGAGUGCCAUGCAGGCUGGCCAUGCCGAGCAAACCCUGUUGGCUGCUUUCAACGAUGAAAGCAACCAGGCCAGCAUCUUAACCUACCUCAAGACCCUCACCGCAGCCUGGAUGAAGACUCGUCCACAAGACUAUGCUCCAUGGCUCCUCGAACAAACCGUGGAAGAAUACUGCAAUGCCUCCGUCAUGCCCACCUCCGCCGAAAUCGAAAACGUCGGCCUCAGCGCUCUCAAGGACACCUUCUUAUCCCCGGCUGGCAUCACCCUCGAGGUCCUCUACCUCGACCGCAGUGAAGGAAGCGAGGUCAACAUGCACAGGUUCUCCCCAGUCAACCAUGGUGGCUUCGAUGUCGGGACCGUCCGACUGCUCUACCGACCGGGCCACUACGAUCUGCUGUACAAACUCCAAGACCUCCCCCACGCCGCGGCUUCCGUGUCGACGUAUCUUCAGAUCGCCAGCCAAACCCAUCGCGAGCCCAUCUGCGCCAUUGGCAUGCCCGACUUCUUGACCGGAUUCGCAGGCAUGUCGUAUGUGAGCCCCCACCAAGCUUGGCCGGGUUGGCAGCAACAACUGGCCGGCGGCCCCUUCCGGCCCUCUGCUUGGGAGUUUGAGCCCGAUGUCCUGCAAGCCACGGCUCAAUCACCGUUGCAGACGGCCAUGUUCAGGAAGUGA